AUGGGGACGUUCCGUUCCGACAUCGAGAUGGAAGAGCCGCUCAUCGUCGCUUUUGCCGCUGUUACUAGCGGCACAACAGGCGAUAGUAGGAGCCUUUCUCCCUGUGAUGCAGAAAAGCGCCGCCGAGGAUUCCGCCAGGGAUUCCGAGGCUCUCCCACAGCCAAGGCCCAACCGCAUCGACCACCCGCGACGGUGCCAGUGCUGCCGCCACCUGAACGAGCGCUUGUGCGAGUGCCCCCCCAUUUGUGCAUCGGGGAGGGCGAGGAGGCCGGCUGCUUCUGGCGCAGCAGCGGCUGCAGCCGUGGCUUUCUCCCCAUGGCACACGCUGCUCCCCUUGACCCCAGCCAGUGGCCGGGGCUGCGAGACAUGAAGGCACAGUGGAGCAGUAUAAUACCUGCCAUCACCGACACAUGGGUGGAGAACGGCGACUGCAGCCAAUUCCAGAAUGUCAACUGCAACGGCGGUAGCUUUGUGAAAAUAUUAAACAUACCAGGCAACUAUCUAACAGGCUCCCUUCCUGAGACCAUUGGCGUUUUCACCGGCCUUGAAAACUUCUAUAUACAAGACAACUCCAUAUCGGGAUCACUCCCAUCUACCAUCUCCAAACUCGUUUUAUUAAAGGAAUUCGAUGCGAAUCGCAACCAGCUCAGUGGGUCCCUGCCUGAGGGCAUCAGCGCCCUCACUGCCCUGCAGCUACUGCAAUUGCACUACAACCAGUUGGAAGGGUCAAUCCCAUCAUCCUUCACCAAGUUGACUGCGCUAAACACAUUCAAGAUUGACAACAACCAGAUUACGGGACCUCUACCAGACGCACUUGGGAGUGUCUCCAAACUAUUCAUUUUCCGUGCCAAUGACAACCAAAUAUCAGGCUCCCUGCCUUCGACUCUAACAACCAUGACAAAUCUCCGUUUCCUUGAGCUGCAGAACAAUGAUAUGAGUGGGUCGCUCCCUUCUGACCUGGGCACUAUCACCUCACUAAACACACUCAACUUGGCGCACAACACAUUCAGUGGCCCACUUCCUAUACAGUGGACGGCAACUAAUCUCCAAUCGCUUGACCUCAGUGACAACCUGUUCACUGGAACUAUACCAAACGGUAUAACAGGCUUGGUCUACCUCACACUGCUGGACCUAAGCUCCAACCGCCUUACUGGCACCAUACCACAAGGUCUCUCUAGUUGUGCCUACCUAGACACUCUCAAUCUGAGGAACAAUCUGCUCACGGGAAAGGUCCUUGAGCCCGUGCCACGGUGGGUGACAACAUACAAGCUGGACAACAAUUACUUGAGUCAGGGGUUCUCCUCCCCCCCGCCAUGCACGCAACGCUACAUCACGUAUCGCAGCAACUGUGCAGCCACGCCAGCUGCAGGCCUUGCGUGUGGUGCGGACGAGACUCAAAAGACUGACCCCGUCUGCACUGCCUUCUGCGGCGUCAACGGCACCGCCUCCCCUCCUGUGCCCGCCUGCAACGGCCAUGGCGUGUGCUUCUUGGACGGCCCCAGCAACACGCCCACAUGCCUCUGUGACGAUAACUACGUGGUUGGGGAGUUCCCUGGCAGCUGCGUGGCCGUGGCAGGUGGUAAGACAGAACAGCAACUGACCCCCACAGCAGCCACUCUCACAGCCAGAGGCGACGCAUCAGUGAAUGGAGGCACGCUCACUCUCACGCCCGCCCAGCCGUCCAAGGCUGGCAGUGUGUUCCUGGCAGCGCGCGUGCCGCUCUUCUCCUACCAGCUCAUCGGGGACUCCUGCGGCCGCCAGCUCGCCUUCUCCUCCUCCUUCUCCUUCACUCUCACCCGCCCUGCUGCCUCCGGCUCCGAAGGCUUUGCCUUUGUGGUGGCCUUUGAUGCCACCCCGCCCACAACACCGGUGGCGGGCGGCAUGGGGUAUGCGGGGAUGGGAGCGCGCAGCGUGGCAGUGGAGUUUGACACGUCGAUGGAUGCAGGCAACAGCGACCCUGACAGCAACCACGUGGGCAUCAACACCGGCGGCAAUGCCACGUCAGUGGUCACAGCCAAGCCCAGCACCCCUCUCAAUGACGGCAAGCUUAAGCACGUGUGGAUUGACUACGACCCUUCCUCUGAUGGCUCCCUACGUGUCUUUCUCUCCUCCCAAGCGUCCCCUCGCCCCACCACCCCCCUCCUGUCGGCACGCAUCUCCCUGUGUGAGGAGCUCGCCCCCUCCCCAUCGGAGUACACCUUUGCCAUCGGCUUCACUGCUGCCUCCGCCAACCAGCCUCAAAGCCAUGUCGUCUCCGCCUGGACCCUCUCCACCUACGCAGCGCUGGGUUUCACCUUCAGCGAGGCGGCGCUCUCUCUGUCGGGAAUGAAUCUUUUCUUCCGCUAUGCCAGCUCGGGCAGUGUUGCUGCUGUGAAUGGCAAUGACGUGUAUGGCGUGCGCCCUGCAACUUCAUGGGUCAGUCCAAACUUCACGUGGCCUGUCAAGACACAGACAACUUGUGGCGACUGCUGGGCGUACGCAGUGGUGGGCAGCGUGGAGGCGGCGCUGAGCAUUCUCGCCAACACCUCAGCCGUGCAGCCGCUGUCAGUGGAGCAGCUGAAGGCCGCCAUGAAGGUCGGCUGCUCUGGCAGCACGCCCUCUCAGGCCUUCCAGCUGCUGCUCAAGCUCGCACGCAAGGGAGGGGGGCUCGUGCCAGAGGGUCAGUGGCCUGCCGAGAAAGGCAAGACUCCCGUGAAAGCAGGCAGCAGCAGUCCUCUCUGCGCGCCGCUUGUGAAGCCACUGGCGAAGCUGUUUGGUGUGGCAUGUGGCAAGGGCAGCGGCAGCGUACGACAGCUAGCCGGUGGGUUCCCCAUCAACGGCUUUGAGUCGACGUCCUUCUACGGCUGGUUUGGGCUGCUGCUGGCCGUGCAGCGGCAGCCAGUGGUGGUGCACAUUGAAGCUUCUGCCGACUCGUUCAAGAGCUAUGAUGGGGACCCAGCGUGCUUCACGUACAACCUGAACCACGUGGUGCUGCUGGUGGGGUACCGCCUGGUGGGCAAGGACUCGCGCUUCCCCCACAUGGCGCCGCCCUUCUGGAUCAUCCGCAACUCAUGGGGGCCUGACUGGGGCGAUGGGGGCCACAUGCGCAUGGACAUCCAGGGGGGGGAUGGCGUGUGCGGCAUCAACUCGCUGCCAGGCCUCUACCCCGUGGUCAGAGGCACCUCUGACCCCUGCAGCAUAGCCGCCCGCAAUGACAGCACGGGUUCGUUCUUCAAUCCCUGCGGCAAGUUCCCCUGCAUUGCCAAGGGCAAGACAAACGAGUGUGACUGCAACGACCUGCGUUUCAUCCAAGCAACCAACGCCGAUGGCUCUCGCACAUGCGCCUACAAGGAUGCGUGCAAGGCAGCCCAGCGCAAUCCGUGUGCGGUGGGGCAGUGUGUGAAUGACGGGGCGGGGUCGUACUCGUGUGUGUGUCCACCGGGCUUCAGGCAGGGCACCACCGUCGAUGGCACCUUUUCCUGUGCUCCAGGUGACACCAACACCACCUACACCGUGCUCUCUCCCAACGUCCGCUGCUCCGAUGUCUUCCCGGUCUACGGCCUCACGCUCGCCCAGUUCCAAACCCAGAAUCCAUCGGUGUCGUGUGCAGAACCCAUCCCACCCUCCACUGUUCUCAAAGUGGCCAGCCCAGCCUCUCUCACCCCCUGCUCCGUCUACUACACCACUCAGCAGGGCGACACCUGUGCGAACUUAGCAGUGUAUUUCAAAGUGCACUGGUCCUGCCCAUCUGACAGCUGCCUGCCAGCCUUCCAGGCGCUCAACCCCAGCUUGGACUGCACUGCCAACGGCGGCUUGCUGCAGCCGGAGCAGGCGGUGUGUGUGGAGCGAAUGAGUGAUAAAGUGGGGCUCAUCCCGGUGUGCUCGCAGUACUACCUGGUGCAGAGCGCAGAGACGUGCGAGUCCAUCCGCAAUGUGCCCUACCCCCCUCUGAGCCCCGUUGACUUCUUCCGCCUCAACCCCGGUAUCAAGUGCAACCGCCUCCUUCCCAAAACUGAUGUUGAUGGCUUCACUGGCUUCGAGGCAUGCAUUGCGAGCUCCACGUCGUACACGCAGGGCACGUGCCCGCGUGCGAAUGCGUAUGUGGUGGGGACAGGCGACAGGUGCACAGCCAUUCAGGUGAAGUACUUCCGGGGCAUCAAGGGCUGCUACAAGCACAUCAACGGAUACGACUGCAUCGACAAGCUCGUCAAAGCAACCCGCGUGUGCCUGCCUGACAAAGUCAAGCUUGCGAAAGGAGUCUGCGACAACUGA